ACAAACAACAACGUGACAGGCUACAUGAACAGUAAACUAAAGUUCAAGGUGCUGUAGUCAGGUUGUGCACACUGUGCACAGACUUCAUUUGGCUGUGCAGGGGCUGACUUGUUUGCUGUUGAACCACAGAUCAUUUAGAGAUACAAUGGGGGAAUGGGGCUUCCUGUCCUCUCUCCUGGACAAGGUCCAGACCCACUCCACCAUGGUCGGCAAGGUGUGGCUGAGUGUCCUCUUUAUCUUCAGGAUCAUGGUCCUGGGAGCUGGGGCAGAGAAGGUCUGGAGCGACGAGCAGUCCAGCAUGAUCUGUAACACUCAGCAGCCUGGUUGUAAAAAUGUGUGCUACGACCACGCGUUCCCCAUCUCGCACAUCCGCUUCUGGGUCCUCCAAAUCAUCUUCGUUUCCACGCCAACGCUAGUCUACCUUGGCCACGUUUUCCACGUCAUCCACAAGGAGAACAAGCUGAGGGAGCGUCUCAAUGCCAGCGAGGGUGAUGAGAUGGUGAAAGGCCCCAAGUACAGUGAUGAGAAAGGACAUGUCAAAAUCAAGGGAAACCUCCUGGCCAGUUACAUGACAACCAUUUUCUUCAGGAUCGUUCUAGAACUGGCUUUCAUUAUUGGCCAGUACUACCUCUACGGCUUCAUCAUGGUUGCCAAGAUCCCUUGUUCCAGAGCACCCUGCCCCUUCACUGUGGAGUGCUACAUGUCCCGGCCCACAGAGAAGACCAUCUUCAUCAUCUUCAUGCUGGUGGUGGCGUGUGUGUCCCUGCUGAUGAACGUGGUGGAGAUCUUUUACCUGCUGUGCUCCAGGAUGAGACGGCGUCGUAAGGCCGCGCCAGCCACCUUCACCAUGCAACGCUUCAAUGGUGGAACUCUGAUGAGGAACGAGAAGCUCAGUCUACACACAUCCAGUACGGCCUAGAACUAACUGCCAUCUUCAUCAACAUCACCUUAACUCUUCAUCUGUCUACAACCCUGACAUGCCUAAUAACGACAUUCAUGGUAUUAAGCCAAUCGCUGAUCUAUCAAGUUGCAUGGAUCUGUUUCGUGUUGUGCUGUGAUAUUGGAUGUAUGUUCAAAUGAAUUAAACACUUAGUAAUUAAACUGUAACUUAAGUUAUGCUCAGAUUAAUGACCUUAUUUUAGGAAGUAUCCAAAUCAAUGCUUUUGUCAGAAUAAUUCCUCAAGUUUUAUCAAUAAUUUGUUCAAAAUAAAACCUCCAUCUUCCUAAAAUACUGGAAAAAUAAGCAAAUGUGUUUUAAAUGUACUUAAAUGUACAAUGUGUUAUUUUGUAUAUUUGUUUUACAGAAUGUUUUACUAAAACCUAU